AUGUUUUCUGAUGCCCCUCACCUGAUAAAGAAUGUUAGAAAUAGACUUUUAAAUAAAAAAAGUUUAAAAGUAUCUCCAGAUGGACAAUAUAUCAGAUGGUCUUACUAUCAAGAUGUGUAUGACAAUGAUUGUAAAAGAAGUUUUGAUUCUCCUACAAGAGUAUGUCCAAAGAUUACAUUAAGGCAUUUAGAUGUUGACGGAUUUAGCAAAAUGAAUGUAAAAUUGGCUACUCAGGUUUUAGAAGAAAAUCUUAUUUGGCUGAAUUGUUGGGAAGAACAAGUUGAAAAUUGA